GUUCGAGGCUGGAGCUGGGGGCCCAGGGUGUCCGGAAAGCCCUCAGCGACGCCCUUUGUCCCACUUCCCACAGCUCCCGAGGCCCAGCGAGGACACCCGGAGAGCAGACACGGCAGGAUGAAGGCGCUGGUGGCUGUCCUGCUCUCCGUGCUGCUGUGUGGGCAGCAAGGGAGGGGGCGGGCGCAGGAGGACGAGAACAACGUGGACUUGGAGCCGGAAGAUUACAACGACGACGACGAGGACGAGGACGACGACGAGGAGGAGGACGAGGCCAGCAUGGCUGCGGGCAGCAAAGGCAGCGUGCUGCUGCAGUGCUACGCCUGCCAGUCCCUGCACAGGGAUGAGAGCUGCAAGAAGCUGCAGAACUGCAUCCUCGCCCACACCUGCAAAACCAUCAUCUCCCACUGGAAUACUGAGUCAGGUCACCAGACCACGUACUCAGGGUGGUGUGCAGACAUGUGUCAACCCAUCUCCAAGACAGUAGAUGGAGCCCUGACGACCAUAAGCUGCUGCCACUCCAGCCUGUGCAACGCCCCACCCUGGCAGUACCCGGGGGGAAGCGGGGCAGGGGGCCCCCAGGGGAGCCCCACAACUGUGGCCGCCACCCUCCUGCUCAGCCUCCUCACCUCCUGUCUUCGGGCGGUGGGGUUCUGAGUGGGGUGGUCCCAGCCCCACCGAAGCCCACUUGUACCCGGGCUGGCCAGCACUCUGUCCACUCUCUCCCCCUCCCAACCCUCCCCUCCCCGCCCCCAAUGCCAGCUCUGGAGAAUAAACCUGGAGUGUCUGUAA